UGACAGAAUUGAAACAUGCGAAUGUGAGGUUAAACACCACUCAUCAACAGAUGUUCUCAGAUUAAUUUCACAAAAAAAAAGUUUAAACAAUGGUAGAUGAAGGCACGCGGAAGACUUUAAGUAGUAUACCACUGCUACAAACAAAGGCAGGACCACGUGAGAAGGAAUUAUGGGUGAAACGACUCAAAGAAGAGUAUCAAUCACUUAUCAAAUAUGUUCAGAAUAAUAAAGCCGCGGAUAACGAUUGGUUUCGUCUGGAGUCCAAUAAGGAAGGCACGAAAUGGUUUGGGAAAUGUUGGUAUAUCCAUGAUCUGCUAAAAUAUGAAUUUGAUGUUGAGUUUGAUAUACCUAUAACUUAUCCAAUGACAUCUCCGGAGAUUGCCCUGCCUGAAUUGGACGGUAAAACAGCUAAAAUGUAUCGCGGUGGAAAAAUCUGCCUCAGUGAUCAUUUUAAACCAUUGUGGGCAAGAAAUGUGCCCAAGUUUGGUAUAAGUCAUGCAAUGGCACUUGGAUUAGGACCAUGGUUAGCAGUGGAAAUACCUGAUUUAAUAGCAAAAGGUGUUGUAACUUACAAAGAAAAGCAUGAGGAGGGCGCAAGUUCAUCAUAAAAUUAAUCUUUUAUCGAGUAUUUUGGAAAUAUUGAAAGAGGUAAAGGUAUAAUCCGUUUUUUUACAUUAAUUAUUGAAUUUUUGCAUUUAUUAAAAGAAAUAUUUAUGUAUUAUAAGAGGAAAUCAUGUUUAAAUGCUACAAAUAAUGUAUUUACAAAGAA